GGAACCUAAUGGUUCCUGGUUUCCUUUUUUAAGGUACUGUACAGUUAGUGAAGUUACCGUACGGUGCUAAGUGAAGGCUCAUUACCAAGCGGGGAAGCCUUAGGCAACCCACGUCUUGAGUGACUGGUGACUGUGGUUAAGUUAUUAUGGCUUGCGCAUCCUCUUGCGACUUCCCCCCUCUCUCUCCCCUCCUCCCCCCCCACCGCCGCCUCCCUCCCUCUCCUUUCUCACAAUCAAAAGCAUAUUUCUUGAUAACUCCCUUUUCUUGUCCUUCCCUUUCCUCCCCCUACCAUCAACUCAUCACACCGGUUGUGUUCGCCUGGUGGUGGUGGUUCUGUUUUGUCCCUUUUCUUGUAACUACUUGUACUGUACAUGCUCACGUUACAUCUUCCCCCCCCCUCACGUUACAUAUAUCCUACUACUCCAUAACUACAACCGGUUCAGGCUUCCUCUCGCUCAGUCUUACCUCAUCCCCGCCAACGUGGGAUAACUCACCCGGUUUUCUUUGGUUUCUUGUGGAUUUUUCUUAGUCCUUACUUGCCUCUUCGUGCCUUCGGCAACACAACCCCGAUUGAUCCUGGAUUAAAGAACGGCCUUGCGGCAGGAUCGUCCCUCGUUGCCGUCUCGCUUGUGCACGAGUCACUCGCUCCGCCGUUCAUCCCC